GAAACAUUUAUUUUGUUUAUGUAUAGAGCGAUUUCUAUAAAUGUUUCAAAAGUAUUUGUUUACUUUACUAUUACAACUUAGACUGUACUGAUUAUUAUAUACAUAUUGACUGGGAGGGAGGAAUUGAUUCUUCGAUUAAUUUAAGAAUAAUAUUAUUAGAGAGGAAUAUUUUUGGUCUGAUGUGUUAACCUUUUUCAAUAGUGCGAUCUGACUAUCACUAACGCAUAAACCCUUUUUUGCAUGGCCUUAUCAAUUUUAUUUUAAUCGAAAGUGAGAGACGAAGAAGAAGAAGAAGAAGCCAUGGUUGGACCAAGUAGACCUCAAAUCGUCCUAUUCGGUUCUUCAAUUGUUCAAUAUAGCUUCAGCGAUGGUGGUUGGGGUGCUACACUCGCUGAUAUCUACUCUCGUACGGCUGAUAUCAUUGUUCGUGGUUAUGCUGGUUGGAACUCUAGGUUUGCUUUGAAGGUCUUAGACCAAGUCUUCCCAAAGGAUGCUGUAAUACAACCUUCAUUGGUGAUAGUCUAUUUCGGUGGGAAUGAUUCAAUGGAACCUCAUCUAUCAGGCUAUGGUCCUCAUGUUCCUCUAUCUGAAUUCAUUGAUAACAUGAGGAAAAUUGGAGAACAUCUUUUGGGACUUUCGGACAAGACCCGCGUCAUUUAUCUUGCUCCGCCGCCAAUGAAUGAGAAACAGAUCCAGCUAGUUUUUGGGGAUGCAAUAAAAGGCCGGAGUAACGAGCUGUGUCGUCCAUAUGCAGAAGCGUUGUUAAAUCUAUGCAGAGAGAUCAAUGUGAAAGGUGUCGAUAUGUGGACUGCGAUACAACAGGAAGAUGAUUGGUUGAACAGCUGCUUCACAGAUGGGAUCCAUUUCACACCGAAGGCAAGCGAGAUAGUCGUGAAGGAGAUUUUGAAGGUAGUGAGAGAAGCGGAUUGGAAACCAAGUCUUCACUGGAAGUCAUUACCGGUUGAGUUUCCAUUUGAUUUUGGUAUUCCAAACUCCAUGUCCCUGUCUGACCUGGAAUUAACCAGAAACCAGCAGUACGAGCCAGAGCCGGUAAGCCUUUGUGACCAAGAGUUAACCAGAAACGAGCAGUUGGAGCCACCAUCGCCUACCGCCCGAUUGUAGAUUAUGCUUCUAUAUUGACAUCUUGAUGGUGUUACCAAUUUCACCCUUUAUUUUGCAUCUGAAUAUUCAUAUUGCUAAUUUAACAUUUGGUUAGAAGCUUUGUUAAAUUCUCACUA